CAAGAUAAGAGGAAACCAAACUAGAAAAAACAAAAAAAAAACAUUUAAAGCUGAAAAUAAAGAGAGAAAAAAGGGGAAAAAAAUCGCCUUUUUAACACCUCAUUCCCUCUUUCUCCGGCACUCGUAUAACGAAAACACGACGCACACCAAAGGAGAAGAAAGACCCAUUUGGUUCUUCCUCGCCUCUCGGUUCUCUGCUGUUUCCUUCUGGUGUUCCCACAAUGGAGGAUGAGACCACCUGGUUGAGCCCCAAGGCUGUGCUUCUGUCUCUAAUGGUGGGUUUUGUAGUGGCGAAGGGCAUGUCCAUUCUUUGGUGGAGACCGAGAAAGAUCGAAGAACAUUUCUCGAGACAGGGGAUUCGCGGACCUCCUUAUCACUUCUUCAUCGGCAAUGUCAGAGAACUUUCCGGAAUGAUGCUCAAAGCUUCUUCACACCCCAUGCCUUUCUCCCACAAUAUUCUUCCCAGGGUUCUUUCGUUUUACCACCACUGGAGGAAAAUCUAUGGUUCGACAUUUCUGGUUUGGUUCGGACCAACUGUCCGGUUAACGGUUGCCGAUCCCGAUCUGAUCAGAGAAGUUUUCUCGAAAUCAUUCUACGAGAAAAACGAAACUCACCCACUCGUUAAACAGCUCGAAGGCGAUGGACUUCUCAGUCUCAAAGGUGAAAAAUGGGCUCGUCAUCGGAAAAUCAUCAGCCCGACAUUUCACAUGGAAAACCUCAAAUUGCUCGUCCCUGUGGUAGCGAAGAGCGUAACGGAUAUGGUCGAGAAAUGGUCGGAUACACUGUCGGAAUCCGGCGAGAUCGAGAUUGAUGUCUACGAAUGGUUUCAGAUUCUGACAGAAGAUGUAAUAACGAGAGCAGCUUUUGGAAGUAGCUACGAAGAUGGACGGGCAAUUUUCAGAUUACAAGCUCAGCAGAUGCUUCUCUGUGCAGAAGCUUUUCAGAAAGUGUUCGUCCCCGGCUACAGGUUUUUUCCGACGAAGAGGAACAUAAGCUCGUGGACGAUCGACAAGGAGAUAAGGAAGUUGCUGGUGAAGCUGGUAGAGCGGCGGAGGACGAGCUCCGGCGGACAGACGGCGGCGAAGGAUUUGUUGGGGCUAAUGUUAGAGGCGUCGAAGUCGUCGGAGAAUGUGACGGUGAACGACAUAGUGGAGGAGUGCAAGACCUUCUUCUUCGCCGGCAAACAGACAACGUCGAACUUGCUGACGUGGACGACCAUCUUGCUGUCCAUGCACCCGGAGUGGCAGGCCAAGGCACGUGAUGAGGUUCUCAGGGUCUGCGGCUCACGUGAUGUCCCCACCAAAGACGACGUCGUUAAGCUCAAGACGCUAAGCAUGAUCCUCAACGAAUCCCUACGGCUAUACCCACCAAUAGUGGCGACAAUCAGACGGGCGAGGGCUGACGUGGAACUUGGAGGGUACAAGAUCCCCUCCGGCACGGAGCUCCUGAUUCCGAUCCUCGCCGUCCAUCACGAUCAAGCGAUCUGGGGCAACGACGCAAACGAAUUUAAUCCGGCUCGGUUCGCGGAUGGCAUGGCUCGUGCAGCCAAGCACCCGCUAGGGUUCAUGCCAUUCGGAGUCGGGGUCCGAACAUGUAUCGGGCAAAACCUAGCCAUGCUCCAUGCGAAACUCACGCUCGCAAUCUUGAUCCAACGGUUCACAUUCCAUCUGGCCCCCAGUUAUCAGCACGCACCAACGGUCUUGAUGUUGUUAUACCCUCAGCAUGGUGCACCAGUCAUAUUCCGCAGAUCGGACGGUCAAGAUUAUCGUUAAAAGAUCAACGGUCCUGAUUUCAUCAUAUGGUUCCAACAUUUCUAAAGGGUUUGACCGAAUUACCCUUUGCAGCCUUGCAAAAAACAAAAUAAAAAUAAAAAUUUACAAGGCUUUGCUAACUGACUUGCGUUACAUGUUCAUGGUCAUUUUUUCACCUCUCUAUAUAAAAUUUAAUUUGGCAUGUAAUUGCUAUUUUUUUCUUCUUUUAUUUUUUUUUAUCUUCUAUAUUUUGGUUUUUGCUUUGAAGCUUUGUAGUAGUGGUGCUAACAAGUAGGUUGCAUUUUUGCUCUUUUGAUUUCCCCUUUGUGUGUAUGUAAUGUAUAUGUGCAUAAUGUUUACACAAUUUUGCAAAUAUUUUGGAGUUCGAGGAAAUUA